CCAACCGGAAGCUGGUUGGGCUCUGGUUUCCUGCUCCGCUGCUCAGCGCCGGAAUCGUCUAAAAGCCCCGUUUCGGGUUGGCGGUGAGGACUGCAGCCCUUUAUGUUAGCGAGUUUUGGGUCCCAGAGCGGCGACGGAACCCAGCCGGGCGGAACCGGGUCGUCGUGCAGGUGCCAUGAGCGAUGAGUUAAACGUGCCGAUGGGCUCCCCGGCCCCGGGGGUGUCGGAGCGGGCCCUGGACGGCGGGGGGAUGGACUACAGGGACUGGGUGAGACGCAGCUACCUGGAGCUGGUCAGCUCCAACCACCACUCGGUGCAGGCCCUGUCCUGGAGGAAGCUGUACCUGAGCCGGGCCAAGCUGAAGGCUUCCAGCAGGACGUCGGCGCUGCUCUCCGGCUUCGCCAUGGUGGCCAUGGUGGAGGUUCAGCUGGAGGUCAAGUACAGCUACCCCCGAGAGCUGCUCAUCGCCUUCAGCGUGUGCACCACCGUCCUGGUGGCGGUGCACCUGUUCGCCCUGCUCAUCAGCACCUGCAUCCUUCCCAACGUGGAGGCCGUCAGCAACAUCCACAACCUGAACUCCGUCAGCGAGUCUCCGCACGAGCGCAUGCACUACUACAUCGAGCUGGCGUGGGGCUUCUCCACGGCGCUGGGCAUCCUGCUGUUCCUAGCAGAGGUGGUGCUGCUCUGCUGGGUCAAGUUCCUGCCCGUGGACUCGGCCCAGCUCCAGGAGACGCCCAGCCCCACCAGGCCCCCGGCCCAGAACAGCGGCUGGCAGGCGGCGCUGGCCUCCACCAUCAUCAUGGUCCCCGUGGGCAUCAUCUUCGUGGUCUUCACCAUCCACUUCUAUCGCUCUCUGGUGCGCCACAAGACGGAACGGCACCACCAGGAGAUCGAAGAACUGCACAAGAUCAAGGGGCAGCUGGACAGCCACGAGAGAGGCCUUCAGAACGUCUGAGAGCAGGACGGCAGCUUCCCACACUUCCUUUUGUCUCGUGUAUUUAUCAAACCCUGGGGUUUUUAUGCCAUUUGCUCUGGUUUAUGUCUUGAACUUCUAAACGAUGAGCUUUACCUUCGGAGAGCUAAUACUCGUCAACCUGCGACGUUGUUGAGGCAGGACAUGGUUUUCAAUCUGUCGGUUUACAGAAAAAGGGCUAUUAUGUUCAGCGUGCCAUUUUUGUCAUGCUGUUGGGUUCUGGUCGGGUUUGGUGCCAAUGAUGGUUCCAUUUUGGAUCACUUUUAAGCCAAUUAGUCUUCUUGAAUCUCUUAUCUCCUCACUUCCUUCUGCGUAGAAACGUUUUAGGAUUAAAGUCUUGGUUUGUGCAUUCGUACAUCCUCCGUUCUAAACGUUUGCAAGUCUGCAAUGACCCAUUUCCUCCUUGAUUGACUUGUCUCUAAACUCCAAAAACCAUCGAGGUCAGAAAUCCUGACGUGAAUACGAACUACAGCGGCCAUUAGUAGAACGUUAGCUAUUUCCUGUCAACUCUGGAAAAAGAUGAAAAGUUGGACUUUUCAUUUCACGUCUGAACCUGAUCAAUGCUCUGUAAAAGUUAAUCCACAAAUUAUUGAUUUGUAGCUGUACAUUGACGAGUGUGUUGCAAGUUUUAGAGGAAGUGGGUGUUCCCAAAGACUAGUGCUAGCUGAGCUUAGUACUAGUGAUGCACCGAUUGUUCGGUAACCGAAAUUGUUCGGCCGAAAAUGGCAAAAAAAACACUUUCGGUGUUCGGUGGAAUAAGUGGGAAAAAAACGAACAAUUAAUAACGGCGUUGUAAUAUAAGGAAAUAUACUGGCCGCUCCCGUAACGGUUGCGCACCACAAACAUAAAUCGUUGACCAACCAAAAAGUAACCACAUAAGAAUUUUACCUAACAUUCACCAGGAGGUGGAACCAAAACAACGUAAUGCUGGGAAAUUAAAAAAUGUUCAGUUUUUUAUGUUCAAUAAAUAUUUUCUACCUUGUAAUUUUGUAAAAUAUUUUUUUCUUUGAAAAGCAUGCCUAAAUCAAAUUUAUUUGAUUUAUGCAAUGAUGAAAAAAUUGGCAAAAUAAAUGAAAAACUGCGAAGAACCAUGUUCGCUAUUGUUCGGUAUUUGGCCAAGUGUUUAUUAUUAGUUUCGGUUUUGGCCACAAAUUUUCAUUUCGGUGCAUCACUACUUAGUACUAACUGAGCUAAUGUUAAUUUAUCAUCAUUAAUUGAGCUGAUGCUGAGUUAAUAUUAUUGGGGCUAAUGCUAAAUGAUAAUGGGCAAAAUGAACAGAGCUAAUACUAGCUUAGACUGAAGUCUGUCGUUUGGUGUAAAUCAGUUUUUUUUUUAGUUCUGGUUGCAGCUUCUGCAAACAAACCAAAGAUUCUAAUUAUAUGCUAAUUAGUGUAAAAACGGCUACUUGGACAGCUUCAGAGGUUUUGUUCAUUUCAGCCAAAGAUUGUUGAAGAAACAAAACUCAUCAGAAGUUGGCUGUUUUUAUUUUUUUGUUCUCCGACUUGAUAAACUGAAAAUCAUCUGACAUGAAUUAUUUAAUUUGCUGAGUUUAAUGAUCAACACUAUUUAUGGACGGUUGCUCAUGAAAAGAACGUGAUGUACCAGAGUUAGUCAGAACUUAACUUAUUUUCCACAAGAAGGUCAAAACAAACAGUUUUCCAAAUAUUCCAUAAGAGAUUCAAGGAUCUGGAGACUUGAAAUUACGCUUUAAUGUUCAACACUUAACAUGAUGAGGAUGUGACGGAAGUCUUAAAAAACAGUUUUUGGUUGCAUCCAAACUCCUUUAGGUCGUUUUUUUCUGUUACAAGGACCACAGAGGCUGUAAAGCAUCAGUUCUUCAUCCUGAUGCUGCUCAAAGUGCUUAAAUAUUUAUGAAUGUUUGUUCGCGUUUAGUUUUGCCUUACAGAAAUAUUAAAUAUCGCCUUUUAUGAACUGUUUUGAUAAAGGUCAUGAAUGUAUAUGAAAUAACAGGAUGUUGCUGUGAACUUCUGGCCAUUGAUUUCCACUUUCAUUAGUUUAACAGUUUUAGGAUGAAGAUGGAAAUAACCUGUUUCCACAUUCCAAAAAGACGACUGACACUCAGUUCCGUUUUACUCCAGUGUCAAAAGUGCACUUUUAUGUGUCGUUCUGUUUGGUGUUGGUUGAAAACUGCGACAGCCGCGUCCAGUUGCAGACAGCACAAAUAAAGGAAGAAACAUG